ACAGCAAGUAUUUCGUAAACAAACAUGGCGGGAAAUAAGAAUUCAACACUUGUGAAAUAGACACUUUCGGGUAACAAAACAUUCUCCCCUCGGCCAUCUUGGGUUGGUGUGAACAUUAAUGAAGAAACAUCAUGCAGAAAGGAAAAAGGAAAAACAGUGAUUCCUCGGCUCAGUCGAGCAAGAAGAAGAAAUCAACAGAUGUCUACACAGAGAAGUCUGUGUUUACAGAGCUGAUAGUGAAUGCUGGAUUUGUUCUGAAAGAUGGCCAUUCUAACAACGAACUUACCGUGGACCAGGCUGUGUUUCAGAGAGAUUUGAUGCUGAGUGUCAAGAGACACAAUGACUACCCAGCGGUUGUGGAAGACUUCUUAGAAGGAUUCGAGACUUACAUUGAAGACACUCACAGACUAAGCAAGAGUGUAAUGGCGACCCACACAGCCCAGGAGUGUGACAGUGCAAGAUAUCCUGUACAAGACAGCAUGGUGAAAAUUCUUUUAGGAAUUGAUAUUUUGCAGUCCAAGGUGAUGAAGCUGCUGCUGGAGAAGCUGCCGCUGUUCAUGGGGGAUGAGGAUUUUGUGUUUGAGAAUGGAGAGAAGAUAUUCAUCCCCCGAGUCCUCCUCAGCCAGUUCCGGUGGCUGGACAGAAUCGUCAACUGUAAGGAGCUAACAACUAAAAUGUUAGAAAUGAUAGACAUCAGCUCACCUGAUGUACAAAGGGAGAUAAUCCUGUGUCUGCCUGAAGUGGUGGAGGACACAGAACAUGGUGAUGUGGCUAAAGCUCUCAGUGAUAUUCUUCUACAAGGCAACCAAAUGACAGUUCCGAUUCUUGAUGCUUUAUCCAACCUGGCCUUGAAACCAGAACUUCUAGCCGAGGUGCGAGGUUCUGUUCUGCAGACAUUGUCCUCUGUCGAGAUGGAUGAUCUCCCUGUGGUGGUCAAGUUUCUACUCCAGACGGUCACACCGCAGGAUUCACUUGAGAUUGUAACGGAAAUUCGAGCAAGCAUUGAUUUUAAACCUUUACCUGCUACCCCAAGCAAGUCCAGCAAAAAAGACAAGAUGAAAAAGAGGACAGCGUCAGAUGGCAGUGUGGAGAAGGGGAACGAAGCACUGACAUUGGAUGCCAUCAAGUCCGGCAUUCGCUUCCAGAAAACUGUGUCCGAAGCUUGGAUAAAGGCAAUCGACAACCUGAAGGACCCAGCUGAUCACAAGGUGAUUGACAUCUUUGUGCUGCUGAUUCUCCACGCCACGAACCGCAAGAAGCCAGUGGAGAGCCUCUUCAGGAACAAGAUCCGUUCAGGGGCAUUUACAGAACCUCUGCUGCAGUCAGCCUUCACUGACCAUGCUCAGAUCCUGCGAGGGUACUUCCCGUCUGUGCAGUCGCUGGCUGAGGUGUUACUGAGGUCCCCAGAGCCAGGGAUCUGCUACUUCGCCUCCGCUAUGUAUCGACACGCCUUUGCUGUGUUCGACAGCUACUGUAAACAGGAGAUUGUUGGGAACCUGGUGACACACAUCGGCAGUGGUUUUGCAGGCGAGAUCGACAGCUCUCUGGACAUUCUCUCCGACCUGGUACACCACCAUCUCUCCAGCAUGGCUCCCUUCGCUAUCUUUGUCAAGGGAUUUCUUGAUUACUUCGACAACCGUUCAAUGACGCAGAUUCGUAAACUUUAUGCCAUGUUGAGUCGUCUAGCUUUCCACAACCCCGAUGAUGGUGGACUUAUACAGGAUGAUCUUCACAUCAUCAUCAGGAAACAGCUGUACAACAGCAGCCUCAAGUAUAAACGCAUGGGAGUGAUUGGUGCCAUCAUGGUUGUCAAAAGUAUUGCCUACGUCCGCUCUGACCAGUCUGAGAGCACCAUCAGUGACGACAAGCUGAAGGAGGUGGUGCACCUGCUGCAACUGGUCCGAACCAGCAGCACCGGCAGCCCCGAGGCCACCUGCCUGUUUCUGGAUGAACUGUCGUCUGUCAUCAGUAAAGGCAAUGUAGACCCUAAAGUUGUGCACUGGAUUUCUGAGAACAUGAUAGCAGAUUUCCAGGAUGAUUUUGUGGUGGACGUUGAAGAGAGCUUCAUUCAGCAGGAUCACAUGGUUCCUCUACAAGAUAUGUACAAUCUGAAUGAGGACACAGACAGUUCUAUAGCGAUCAACCUGCUGCCGCUUGUAGUGGCUAAUCACAAGAAGAAGGCCAACACAAAGGAAAGUGCAAGAGAGCCGAACCCCACAUGUCUGUCUCCACACUUCCGGCUGGUCCACAUCUGUGAAAAGGUACAAAAUGGCGGUGAUCUGGAGGGCAUUGAUGCAUUACUAGGCUGCCCUGUGUACACAGUCAAGGAGGAGGUGUAUGAGAAGUACGAGUCACUGUCCCACAAGGAAAAGGAUGUGAUCUGCACCACACUCUUCCACAGCCUGAACUGGUUCCGUGAGCUGGCCAACUGCUUUGCCACACAAACGUCGCCGGAGAUGAAGGGCAAGGUCAUCAUGAGGCUGCAGAACAUCACGGAGGUGCAGAACACCCUGGAGAGAUUGCUGGCCGUUACCCCAGGGUUCAGACCUCCAGUUGCAAACUUUGACCUUGAAGAGACCCAGCAGGUGGAGCCCAGCAGUUCUCGUGGAGCAGACGGCAAGAAGAAAGGGAGGAAACCAGGGAAGAAGAAACAGUCCGAGAAGGAGAAUAUUUCAGCCGACUUGGAUGAGAACAGCCGAGAUUCCACACAGUCUGAGACCCAGAAGCCAAGCCAGUCAGGGGGGACCCAGCUGAAGGAGGGGGACAAGGAGGAGAAGAUGGUCAGUCUGUCCACCUACACACAGUACUUCAGGGAGCUGGAUGUUAGUGUGUUCACCAUCCUGAGCACGGGCCUCAUCACCAAGGCAGCCCUUGACUCUGAGAUGAACACAAAGGCAACGGAAGAUCUUCAGAUACAGCCACCACAGUUGGAAUUCCUGUUGAAGGACUUGACCAGAAAGCUUGACCACUCGCUGCUAGCCUCGGCUGCUAAACGCAGGACCUUCCUGAAGACCAAGGCUGACAAGAGUGUUGGAUUCUCUCACCUGGACCAGUACACAGCCACUGAGAUUGCAACCAACAUGAUCCACCUGUUGCCGCCUCUGUGUGAGCACCUUGAGGGCACCAGUGCGUUUUUCCAGACCCUGAUAUCGGAGAAUGACGGCAUGCUGGACGGCCCGGGAAGCAACUCCCCGGAGGCCAUGUUGAUGGGAUCCUGCUUCAAACUCCUGCUGCAGGCACUGCUGUCUCUGUUCUCAUGGAAUGGUUUUGUGAUGGCUGAGAACCGGCAGUUGUUGAAGGAUGGACUGAAUAUCCUGGUGUCCCGCAUCAAGACCAGCAGCAGCAGCUCCCAGUCCUCCUUCCAUGACCUUGUCAGGGGAGCCUUCAAUUACUGCCAGAACUUUGCCGCUACAGUGUCGAAUCUCCCUGCGGCGGUGACGCUGCUGAGACUGUUGAUGGCACUGGUGGAGAAGACAGCCUUACCAGAGCUUAGUGGAAAAGUUGCUGAGCUUGCUGAGGAGUUUCUGAAACGGGAAUGGUUCAGCUCGGAUGGCCAGAGAGAGAAGGGGGCGAAACACAACGAACAAUUACAGAUUGUCAUCAAGAUGUUCCUGGUGUACUCGGCUGAUCCCCUGGAGGCCAUUGAGGAACUAACAAAAGGAACUCGGGAGCUGAUCGAGGCAGACAAGAAUGGACGCUCCAAUUCCUACCCCUCUCUAACAAGGCACUCCUUCUCUGUGUACUACCGAGUGCUGUUCAGUGAGCUGAUCGAGGUCAUCAAGAGACUCCCAGCUGGGAAACUCAGUGAGUCGAGAGACCUGAAGGUGGAGAGGUUGCUGCAGUGGAACUCGGCAGUCAGGAUCCUGCACAUCUUCGUCAACCUCAUCAAAACAUUUGAUGGCAGAUCAAACAUGGGUACAGCUUUGAAGUAUGGACGAAUGUUCCUGGAGGUGUUCCUCAGACAAGGCAUGCCGCUGCUGGACUGUAUGUUCAAGACUAACAGGGAGGAUGUCCAGAAUCUCCUCAAGAGCUUCCAGAUGAGCACCCGAGCGCUCCACCAUGUGUCCAGCCACUCCAAGAUAAUCCGUGAUGUCUCGCUGACGAAUCAGGUGCCCAUGUUGAAGCGAGGACUGGAGGCGUUCGUCUACAGAGUGAAGGCGAUGUUGACCCUCAACAAGUGUCUGGAGGCUUUCUGGAUGGGCAACCUGAAAAACAGGGAUCUGCAGGGAGAAGAAAUCCUAUCCCAGGUCUCUACAGUGACGAAUGACAGUGAAGAAGAGGAUGGAGAUGCAGUCCCUGUUGAUGAAGAUGAAGAAAGUGACGUGGAAAUGGACAACCAAAGCGAGGCAGGCGGUGACAGUAAGGACGGGGAAGGCUCGGACAGUGAGGGAUCUUACAGUGAAGUCUUCUAGACCACAUGCUACAGGAGCCAAGAAACUAGCAGGCUCUGGGACAAAUCGAAAUGCUCUGACUGCAGGGUACGUGCAAGUGCUAAAACUGAAGAGGUGUAAAAUAGCAAAAAUGGACACUGCCUAGAAAAGACCAAGCAGUUUUUGAUGAUAGGUAGCUGGCCAGCUCACUGGGUUGAUUCCAGGCCAUCACAGACUCCAUACCUGAAAUCAUUGUUAUUGGACACUGGAUGGCCAAAAUGGCUGCUGAGUUGGUAAAUGUUACUUGAAGGACCAGCUGUCAAUAUAAAUUUUGUGUGUGAACUGUGAUGCAGUAGUAAAUAUUAACGGCUAAAAAGAUGAACAUUUCUUUUCUGUGCACAUUGAUGAUGCUUCAGAUGUGAAAGAAAAUAAAUGUUAUGGAAUCACUUCAUUUUGAGCAAAUAGAGAGUGUUCAGUUAAAUGUUGAACAUUACCACAUGAGAUAUUUUAUCAUUCUUUAUAUUAUUAUUAUUAUUAAAUAUGAACAGUUUACAAAUUUUGUGGAAUCACAAGGUCUGUUUUUUGUAAGAAAUGUUUCUAUAAAUAAAUUUAACCUAGUAUAGUCUGACUAAUGUUACAAGUUAUUGUAAAACAACUGCUUACAUCAUGUACAGGUUGAUUCAAUAUCAUUUCAUUAACUAAAACUGAUUUAAUCAUUAAUUUGAUUGACACUUGCCCUGUUAACAUCGGGUCUGUUCAUGAAUGAUGUGCUUGUCGUAAGAGGCGACUAAUGGGAUCAGGUGGUCCCUAUUGCGUGGAUCGAUGCUCAUGAUAUUUAUCACUCAUAUUUAUCGGCCCAGACUCGAUUAUUUACAGACCGCCGUCAUAUAGCUGGAAUAUUGCUGAGUGCGGCGUUAAACAAGAAAAAAAACCCCAACCAACCAUGAAUGAUUUAAUGAUCCGGGUCCAGAUUCACAAAGUGAUCUUGCCUGCAAGAUAACCAUUAUGCCUUCCACACUUAAAGGGAGACUUACGACAGUCAUUGCACUCAAAUCUCUUUGUUGAAUGGGACCCUUGGUCCUACAACUUUCUUCAGUCUAGGUUAAAGUUUUGGAAUUAUUUUCAUCUUAGUUUUAAGAUUCCAUUUUGGAACAGGGCCCUUGUUUGAACAAUAAUUUAUUGUGUUGAGUAUUAUGGAUAUUUAGAUAUUUUGGUAGCAAAAUAAGACCUACAAGAUUGAUGACAGUAAUUUUGAUGAAGUAAAAAUAUUUUCAGUGAAUAUCAUCCAGAGGUUUGUUUUUGUACUGUUUAUUAGGCGACUUACUUCAGUUGAAAGGUGUAUUUAGAAUCACAUUUGUGUUAUGCUGAAUACAGACGUUAUAUGAAGGAUGCAUGUGAUAAUAAAGUCAUACAACUUGAA